UUGAUAAAAACUUGUUAUCAAACAAAAUGAUGAUCACACCUGAAAAUAUAUUUAAGCGCGUGAGUUAUGUGAAAAUUUUCGCAUUUUCAUUCCUUUCCCUUAUCAUUGGAGUUGUAUUUGCUGGAAUGUUAUUGCCAAGAAUCAUUCGAUUUGCCAUGAAAUCGCAACUUCGUUUGACUCCUGGAACGCAAACACGCGAUAUGUUUGUAAAAGUUCCAUUUGCUAUCGAUUUUAACUUGUAUUUAUGGAAUGUUACCAACAAGGAUGAAGUCAUGACCGGUGCAAAACCCAUAUUACAAGAAAUAGGACCAUACUAUUUUGAGGAAUAUAAAGAUAAAAUCGAUAUUGUGGAUGACAAUGAAGAAGACACAAUUGAAUAUGACUAUCGGAAUACGUAUAUAUAUCAUCCUGAAAAAAAUGGUCCUGGUUUGACAGGCGAAGAAAUAGUAACUGUUGCUCAUCCAUUGAUUUUGGCAAUGAUUCUAGCGAUUAAUGUUGACAAAGAAGAGCUUUUACCAUUCAUAAUGACGGCUGUUAAUGGAAUGCUGCGUAAACCAACCGAUAUUUUUUUCACUGGCCGUCUAUGGGAUCUACUAUAUGAUGGAAUUGAAAUUGAUUGUUCAUCGGAUGCAUUUGAAAUAACGGCAGUUUGUUCGGAAUUUGACAGUGGUGACUAUAAAGAAAUUCGCCGAAUCAAUGACACUACAUUUAAAUUCGCGUUCUUUGGCUUCACAAAUGGAACUAGUAUUGGUCGCUUCAAAGCACUUAGAGGCAAGAAAAAUAUUCGGGAUAUCGGUCGAGUUUUAGAAUUCAAUGGUGAAAGUGAAAUGGAUGCAUGGUUUGAAGAUGAAUGUAACCGCGUCGAUGGUACAGAUGGUACUAUAUUUGCACCAUUUUAUGAAAAAGAGGAGGGUUUUUCAAUAUAUGUACCUCAAAUGUGUCGAAAAUUAUUGCUUGAGUAUCAACGACCAUCAAAAUAUGCUGGUAUUAAAACAAAUCUCUUCAGCUUAAGUUUUGAUGUUUCACGAUAUGGGUCGCCAAAUUGCUAUUGUCGCAGUGACGAAUAUUGUCCACCAGAAGGUGUAUUUGAUUUAUUUCCUUGUUCCGGUGCACCAAUUGCAAUUACAAAACCUCAUUUUUAUGAAGUUGAUUUGGCUGAACGUGAAAAGGUGGUCGGUUUGAAUCCAAUCGAAGAAAAGCAUAAUUUUGCCUUGAAAUUCUAUCAGUUUGCCGGAGCCCCGGUUUCGGCGAUCGGCCGAGCUCAAGUCAAUUUUGAAAUAGUCCCUAUUGAAUCUGUUGACAUGAUGAAAGAUCUUCAAAAAAUGUAUUUACCAUUGCUGUGGUUCGAAGAAGGUGUAAAUUUGAGUAAAAAAUAUACCAACCUAUUGUUGCCACUCAUUUUCGGGUUGAAAUUUCAAAAAAUUUUGAAGUUCGGAGGCAUUCUCGGCGGUAUUGUUGGAUUAGGUUUCGGUGCUGUCGCGUGUUAUAUGCAGAUGGAUGACAAGGAUGAAAUCAAAGACGAUUUAUCCGCCAAAUCAGAUACACAAUUAAAUAAUCCAAAGGUACAAUCGAUAGAGGUCGUCAGUAAUGAGUAAAAGAAAUUCUGCAUCAGUAGAUUUCUAAAUUCAACAAACUAUUCAUUUUUAUUAUUCAGUAACUUCAGUCAAGAGCUUAAAAUUAAAAUAUAAAAUUAUGUAGAAUUAAAAGAUUCUGUAUUAUUGCUUUUUAUUCAUAUGUAACUGAAACUUCUCUAAAACAUUAUUAAUAAAGUUGCCAUUAUUCAUUAGAUAAA